CUUCUAGCGUUUGUGGUGGCUCUGGCUGGGAGAGUGCGCGCGGUAAGUGCGCGCGGGCUGCUCCCGGCGGAGGGUAGGAGCUGGAAACCCUGGAGGACUCUAGAGGAGAGUUCGAGCUCUGUAGUCACAGGCUGGAGAGCGCAGCCACAGGAAAAGUGGGGAGAAAGCGAGUCGACUAGCGUGGAGGGAAGUUGUGGUAGGGGCGGGGAGAACCAUGCUACAGAUAUAGGAACGGGCAGUUAAGGCGAGGCUACCGCGCCAGGUGUGAAUAUUGCCAACUAAGGAAGGCGGGGAGAGUGCCCCCGUAGCUGGAAGAAGGCAAACAGUUUCGGAUUAUGAAUCCGGCCGGCAUGGCGGGCGCUAGGACCAGACGUUAGGAAGACGCGGCUUUGGGGCUGCCACCGCGCGCGCUUGCCAGGAGGAGACGCGGGGGUGGCUGAGGUCUCUGGCCAGGAGGAAACAAGGGUGGGGAGAAGACGUCGCUAUCUUCGGCCGCGCUUCUCCCUGCCUGCUUCCUUUUCCCCUAUACCCCCUAGGUCCCAGGAUCGGACUGUGGACUAGGAGUGCCCAGCCACACUUGGGGGGGUCCCUGGGCACCUAGUCCGUCCCGCCUCGCACCCUCGGGCUCCCCUGCCAGCCUUCGCCCGGUGGUGGAGGCCGUGGCAGAACCCAGCUGCUGAUUGGCUGCCGCGAGUGCGGGGCGGGACUCGUAGGGGACGCUGGCGCUCCUUGGACCGCGCUCUCUUUCCCGCCAUGUCGUUCGUUGAGAGCGAGAGGCGCUCGCCUCCCCUGCGCCGCCGUCUUGGUACCCCAGCACCAUACGCUCAGUCGUUUUCCUCCUUUAUUGAAGGGGACAGUUGGGGUGAGGGUGAAGAAGAGGAAGAGGAAUGCGACCCGGUGGCCCGCGACUUGCGGGCGGAGUUCUCGGCCGGGGCGUCGUCGGAGCCUCGGAAGAACUGGUUACCCCAGCCAGACGGGGCCGGGUCCCCGCUUCUCCCCGAUAAACGCAAUGGCAUUGUCACUGCUGCUGCGGCUGGCCCGUCCCAUGCUAGGCGGUGGCCGGUCCAGGUGCUCUCAAUUCUCUGUUCACUGCUGUUCGCCAUCCUCCUCGCCUUCCUCCUCGCCAUCACCUAUCUGAUCGUAAAAGAAUUGCACACUGAGAAUUCGAAGAAUGAAGGUGAUGUGGACACUGGGCUACUAGGAUUCUGGACUCUACUUAUAAUAUCCAUAACUGCGGGAUUCUCCUGCUGCAGCUUUUCUUGGACAGUGACUUACUUCGAUUCUUUUGAACCAGGAAUGUUUCCUCCUACUCCUCUUUCACCUGCCAGGUUCAAGAAACUGACGGGACAUUCUUUCCAUAUGGGAUAUAGCAUGGCAAUUUUGAAUGGCAUUGUAGCUGCUCUUACUAUAGCAUGGUGCUUCAUGUAAACCCACACUGAAACAAUAUUCUUGGCAAAACGUAUUUAUGAUUCCCAAUGGUGGGAAAGAACAUCAUUGUCUACUCAGAAGACUGGAAAAUCAUACUAUUCAUUGUGAUUCAGCUACAUGUCACAUCGUCAUCGUGGAAGGCCUUUUUAAAGCAUUGUUAGCCAUUGGGAAUAUCUGAGUAUUAAUUUCAAGUAAUUUCUUUAAAGUGUAAGGUGUUUACCUCGACUUUUUGCUUUUGUGUGCAUUGUCCUUAUAUUUGGUAGAGAACAAUUUAAUGAAAAAUUCAAAAACUUGAAUACAAUGCCUACCUUUUGAUGUAUAUAAACUACACUUUUGCUAAGAAUUACUGAUACUACAUUUAAGUAGAAACUGAAAUACUUAUUUAUUCAUUAUAUUCAGAAAGCAAACAAUGCCUACUACAUGUUAAAGGAGCUACCUUUAACUAAGAAUAUUUAGUUUUCAAUAGUCAUAUAAUCAAUAGAAGGUGCGUUUAUAUUUUUUAAUGGGGCAUAGUUCUUUUUGUGUGAUUACAUAUUUUCCUACCGCUUAUUAAAUUUGUAUGUUUUUAAAAUUGUUACUUUUAGACAAGUGUAAUUGUUAUUUUUUAUCUGGUACAAACCUAAUACCUACCAUUUUUAAGUACAUAUUUUG